AUGUGCCUAGUUUUCAAUGGAGUAGACGAAAGAGAAGUUUGCCAACAGAUGUUGCAAUUUUAUCCCGCUGAAUCAUCUUCUAUUGGCCAGCAGACAGGUCAGCUCAUAAAAUGUUGCCAUGGCGUUUCCCUUCCAAAAUGGAGCCGGGACAUAGACGUUAAUGUCAGGCGGAUGAAGAAGCCUCCGGAAGAGGUCGGCUCUGAGGUCUGGCUCACUUUGGUCAUUCUCGCAAAAAUGGAAUGUGCGAUGCCUCAAAUAGUUGGCCCUCGAAGUGGUACCAAAGGCCUUCCUCUGCCCUCGACAGAUUGCGAGGUCGGGAUGAAUGCUUCAUUGAAGACGAAUAGCGAAUGCCUUUUAUCCCACAAAUCUGUUCCUCCCAAAACUAGGCUGCAACUUUGA